CUCAUUUGGUCAUUUCCCCUAAAAAUUUAAAUCCCUAAUCUCUCUGACUCACUCUCUGCUCUCUGCGAAGGCGAUUAGGCAAAGCGGAAGUGGAACGCCGGAACUGCCGACUGCGAACUCCGAGUUUCCGACCAGCGACCGGCGACCUACGCGCUGCCAGCUCCGGUCUCUCUCCCUACUGGCUACUGCGGUGUACUGACUUCUACAAUGGCCACGGGCUUCUCUUUUUCCAACUCUUCAUCAUCUUCCUCACCUUUAUCCUUCACCUCAACCCCUAGUGCCGCUGCCACCACCUCAUCCUCGUCCCCAUUUGGGUUUUCUAUGUCAAACCCUAGCUUCGCUACUUCAUCCACCAGUUUUGGAUUUGGCACUGCCUCUUCUGCUCCCGCAUUUUCUUUUGGUUCUUCUGCUGCCACAACUUCAUCUGUUACUACUGGUACUACUUUGCCAUUUGGACCUAGUGUGGGUACCACUCCAACCAUAUUUGGAGCUAAUUCCAGUUCCGGAGCAUCAGCAUUUGGAUCUGGUGUGGUUACCACUUCUUUUGGUUCUUCUGCCACCACAGCUUCAUCUGCUACUACAGGUUCUACUUCACCAUUUGGAUCUGGCGCGUUUACCACUUCCAAUGCAUUUGGAGCUUCUUUGGGUUCUGGAUCUUCAACAAAUUUAUUUGGAUCUGCUUCUUCCCUCCAGACCACAACCUCCGUUAGUUCCCCAAUGUUUGGAGCAACAACUUCUUUUGGAGCUUCUACACCUUUUGGGUCUUCCUCAGGCUCAUCAAGUUUGUUUGGUGCAGGUUUGGGCUCUGGAUCUUCAUCUAAUUCAGGUACAGUGCCCUCUACUGUAUCACCGUUUGGGACAUCAGCUCCUGCUUUUGGAGCAUCAUCAGCUUUGUCAACCCCUGUAUUUUCGGUAUCUUCAGCUUCAAGCUCAGCUUCUUCUGCCUCUGGUUUUCUGUUUCCCACCACAGCAGCUGGCAGUUUGCCAUCAUCUUCGUUUUCAUCUACAGGCGUUGUGUCUUCAGCAUCAACAGCAUCAUUUUCCAGUGCUUCCUUCCCAAGCUCAGGAUCUUCUGCGCCAUCAUUUUCUUUCCCAACAGCUUCCACCACAAGUUCAGCAUCUUCGGCACCAGCAUUUUCUUUGCCCAACACCUCAAGUGUGACUUCAACGCCUUCCAUGCCAGCAUUCUCGUUAUCCAGUGCUUCAAUUUUGAGUUCGACAGCAUCUGCUGCACCUACAUUUUCAUUUUCCAUUACUCCUGGCUCAAGCUCCUCAGCAUCUUCUGCAUCUUCAUCACCCUUCUUGUCCACUUCGGGCUCAACAUUUUCAUUUUCAAAUGUGGCUGGAACUGCUUCAACCACUUCAGUUUCUUCCGUCACAAUUCCUAGCUUGAAUUCAUCAUCUUCGGGUGUAUCUGCCUUUUCGUUUGGGACUUCAUCUAGUCUUCAAACAUCAACAUUAGUGUCAGCUACCUCGAGUAGUGUAGCUUCAAAGCCUGCUGCUUUAAACCUUUCAACUGUUUCAUCACCUCAGUUUUCAACAGUUACUACAACCGCCAGUGCUUCAAUUCCUGCUGGUAGUGUGGCAUCUUCUGCUGCUUCUAGCACUGGUUUGUCUUCGACAUUUCCUGCUGUUGCUGGUUCUUCUUCUUCAGCUACUAGUGCAACUGCUAUUUCUGGUUUUAGUACCACAAAUGCACCUUCAUUUACUGUGCCUGCGAGCUCUUUUUCAAUGUCUUUAAAAACACCAUCAACUGCUCCAUCUUCACAACCGCAGUCAAGUUCAUUACCAAUCCUUGGUGGAUUCACUUCUAAUUCCACUUCUGCUGCUCAAACAGCAUCUGCUCCAAUAGCAACAACUAGUAGUGGGACUACGCUGAGUACAAGUGCUGCAACAGGGACCUCACCUAAGUUACCAUCUGAAAUUACUGGAAAAACUAUAGAGGAGGUCAUCAAGGAAUGGAAUGCAGAGCUGCAGGAUCGCACGACAAAUUUCCGAAAGCAAGCCAAUGCAAUUGCUGAAUGGGACAGGAGGAUCUUACAAAACCGUGAUGUCCUCCUUAAGCUUGAGAGUGAAGUUGCAAAGGUUGUUGAGACACAGGCUAGCCUAGAUCGACAUCUUGAGUUAAUUGAGACACAUCAAGAUGAGGUUGACAAGGCAUUGCAGAGUAUGGAAGAAGAAGCUGAACGGAUAUAUAAAGAUGAGCGUGAAAUGCUUCUUGAUGAUGAAGCUGCAUAUACAAGAGAUGCAAUGUAUGAACAGGCAGAAUUUGUAGAGAGGGAAAUGGAAAAGAUGAUGGAGCAGAUAAAGUUGAUCAUUAAUUCUCUUAAUGCAAACCAGGGUGGAGAACUAACCGAUGGCGUGAAUCCACUUGAUGUUGUUGUCCGCAUUUUGAACAAUCAGUUGAGUUCACUGGUCUGGAUUGAUGAAAAGGCUGAGGAUCUCUCUUCACGUAUUCAGACGCUUGCAAGGCAAGGCUCUUCUGCAGAUCGUGGAUUGACAGGACCCCGGUUUUUGUUUACCAAUUGAACAAAGUAGAAGCUUUGUCCAAAAUGCUUAAUAUCCGGUGGUUGUGGAGAUUUCGUAAAUAGUUCCGCCCCUAUUGACUGUUGAGAACGCAUAUGAUCAUCGCUCUUUUUUACUUCUUAUGUUGUAGUUUUGGGUUUUCCCCUUCAAAGGAAUAGUGCUUUGACGAAAUGCUAAUUUGUAGUAAGAAACCUAAUUACUUUGGCCCAAUUUUGAAGAUUUUGAGCCACCGCAAUCUGUACUUGUAACAUGAUGAAACAUGUUGGACGGCUAUGUUGCAUGGAAAUUUCAAGAGGCAUUUGGUUCAGUUAA